GAAGAAAUCAAAUCAAACCACCAAGAAAAACCCACCCGUUAGGGGGUUCACCUCCAAGGCUCAAAAAGUGCUUGGAUGCGGCUCACUCUGCUCACAACGAACACAUGUCUGCAAAACAUAUCAUCCUACCUGCCGGAGAAAAAAAAAAAUCGGUUGCAGGCAUAGCGCGAAAGGGAUCCGCGCCAGCACAAGUGACUGAUGGCUACCAAACGAGCGAGGGUCGACUGUGCCGGGAGGGCAUGUCAGCACCCCGACUGCGAUAGCUGCCAUCCAACAGGCCUUGGGAACGGUGCCCGUCCGGCGCCUGGAAGGAGUGUUUACGGCAGCACACAUGCGCAACAGCAGCAUCACCAACAGCAGCAACAACAACAACAGCAGCAACAACAACAACAGCAGCAACAACAACAACAGCAGCAGAGCGGUGGGGGCACGGCCAAUGGCGCCGCGGUCGACCAGCUAUGGGAACGGCGGCGGCGGCCCGCCUCCUCCGACCGUCACCAUCACCGUGCCUUCCUCCACCGGCCCCGGCCCCGGCCCCGGUGUCACGAUGGCGGCCAUGCCGACGGCGGCGGAGCUCAACGAGUCCCAGGUCAGGAGCAUAGUGGGCGGGCUGGCCGAGGCCGACGUGCGGGAUCUGCUCGGCAUCAUCAUCGCCACCAACCCGUCCGUGGGACCACGCAUGCUUCUUCUGAACCGGUACAACGCCCGGCGGCGGGAGGCGCGGGAGCCAGUCACUCCUACCACCACCACACCCGCAGCAACAGCAGCUGCCGCGGCGACGGCCGUUACUGCUACUGCCACCGGCAGCAACAGCAGCGCGGGCCUCGCCGUGGUCGCGGCGCCGGCGCCGGCACCGGCACCGGCACCUGUCCGGCGGCCGAUGCCUGUCGACUUUGACCACUACAGCAAGGCCGUCUGGCACACGCUCAACAGCAGCAGCUACAGCAGGGGCCGGGCCAGAGGCCAGUGGGAGGCUCGGGGCGACGCCUUUGACGACAUCGAGCGUGUGGUGCGGGCUAUCUGGGCGACCGUGUCGGCCAAGGGCGGGGCGGGCUCGCUGCUCGAGUCCAAGCUGAGCGCGCUGGCGACGCUGCGCAAGAUGGGCCGCAGCGUGGCGCUUGCGGGCGACUGCCUAGGCUCCGAGGUGCGCAAGCAGUACCAGCACGACGGCGAGCUCGCGGCCGCCAUGGUGGCCAUCGCGCGCUCCAUGACGCCCGACGAGCGCGUCCGCGUCGGGCGCUCGGCCGACCAGAAGGGCGUCUCGCUGCUGGCAAAGUUCGAGGAGCUGCGGCGCGAGGCCGACGGUCACUGCAUCUUCGAGGAGCUGCCCGAGGUCAUACGGCUGCUCAAGGGGGAGGGGGGGCCCGCGGUGGCGCUGGCAGAGAGGGAGCCCGAGCGGGAUGGGCAUGAGGAGGAGUAUGACGAGGACGAGGAGGACGAGGAUGGGGAAAACGAUGAGUUCGACUCCGACCCUGGUGCCUACUGCGAGGACGACUACGACAGUGACGACAGCGACCCAUCGAUGACUGGCAGGGCGAUGGGGAACGCCUACUAGGGGGCGAGCAUUCUCGUUUGCGGAGUGUGGGGGAGGAGGAUAGCAGUUGCA